CAGCUGAUGGUAUGAGAGUUUAGUGAAAUUGCGUUUUUACUCCUUGAAAAAUCAAAACAAUAAACCCUUAACUCAGCAAUCAGUGGGUAAAAAUAAAAAAAAUAUUUAUCCUCGAAUAUCACAGUGCAUUCCGCUAUACGAGUUAGUGCAUUCGCGUUUUUGCGUAAUUCAAAAAUGUGUUUUUCGCGCUUGUUUUCUUCCGUGACCUACUAGUUUCUGUGAUGUCCAAGAUGUGAAGUGGUUCUAAAGCGAUGGCUGCUCAGGAGGCCAGCGUUGUUUUGAAGACACAACAGAGGCAUGAACCAUCGAAACAGCCCCACCAGGCGGGCGAUCAUCGCUCCCUGGGUAAUGCUACCGCGGUGACCACGUCUAUGGUGGCCGGGGCGGUGGCCGGAGCCCUGGCCAAGACAGCCAUAGCGCCGCUGGACAGGACCAAGAUCAACUUUCAGACGUCACAAAUCCCUUACUCUUGGCGUGCGGCGAUCGACUUCCUGAUACGAAGCGCGCGCACUGAAGGCGUUGUGGCGCUGUGGAGGGGGAACAGCGCGACAAUGGCGCGCAUAGUUCCGUACGCGGCAAUACAAUUCACUGCGCAUGAGCAGUGGAAACGUGUGUUGAGGGUAGACACGCCGGCGAGUGCAAAACAGCACCCCAUACUCCACCUGAUAGCGGGUUCCCUGGCCGGAGUGACGUCACAAAGCGCCACUUACCCCCUUGACCUCGCCCGAGCCCGCAUGGCGGUCACCAACGCUCAGGAAUACAGGACUCUGACCGCCGUGUUCGUGAAAGUAGUGAAAGAAGAGGGAUUCACUACUUUGUACAGAGGGUACCCCGCUACGGUGUUGGGCGUUAUCCCGUAUGCCGGCGUCUCAUUUUUUACUUACGACACUCUGAAGCAUACAUACCUUGAACAUUUCGGAGCGCCGCAGAGCGGCGCGGUGAACGUGUUGUUCGGCGGCGCGGCGGGCGCGCUGGCGCAGACGGCGUCCUACCCGCUCGACAUCGUGCGCCGGCGCAUGCAGACGGCGCGCCGCGCCCGCGUGCGCAUGCGCACCACUAUAGCGCAUGUCUAUAGGACGGAAGGUUGGCGCGGCUUCUUCAAAGGUCUCAGCAUGAACUGGGUGAAGGGCCCGAUAGCGGUGGGCAUCUCGUUCGCUACUUACGACGCGGUGAAGACCGCUUUGCGCGACGUAGCUGUGAGGGUUGGCAGUUAGCUACAGGUCGAUUGGAAUUGGAAGAAGAUUUUGAAAUAUAUAUAUGUAUAUAUACAACUAGCGACCCGCCCCGGCUUCGCACGGGUGGAAAAUUCGGAAAAAAUUAUACAAAAAACCUUCCUCUUGAAUCACUCUACCUGUUACAAAAAACCGCAUCAAAAUCCGUUGCGUAAUUUUAAAGAUUUAAGCAUACAGACAAACAGACUAAAAUAGCGACUUUGUUUUAUACUAUGUAGUGAUUAUGGAGGAUGAGCGUGGAUGUUCAUCUGGAAGAAUUUAAAAUAAAUAUAUGCUUACAUAUAUACAUACCAACAUACAUACAUAUAUAUAAUACAUACAUACAAUCAUGAAGGAUGAGCGUUGGAAUACAUUUGAAAGAACAAUUUAAAAUAAAUAAAUACAUAUCUAUAUAGAUAAAAAUCACGUCGAAGGGGUAGGCAGAGACCACAUCUUUCCACUUGCACGGAUCCCUGCAUACCUUCCUACCUACCCUUCGCCUAAACGAAGAGUCCCAAGUUUAUGAGCCUAUCCCUCAGUCGCCUUUUACUACAUCCAUGGAAACGAGAUGGAGUGGUCCUAUUCUUUUUUUUUAUUGGUGCCGGGAACCACACGGCACAAAAAUAAUAUAUACGUGCACAAAUGAUUAAAAGGUCUGAAUUUGGACAAUAAAUACUUAUACUGUUUUUCAUAGAAAAUUUAAAGGCGGUAGAUAUUAUUAAAUAAAAUAAUAAUAUUAUAUCAGCCUUAUCACGUCUACAUAAGGUUUAAUUUUAUAAACGGAAAUUUAAUUAAUAAUAUUACCGCCAUAAAAAUUCACUUUUAGACAAUUCGUCAUAUUGUUUUUACACCGAAAACUUUUUUUUUUCUAAAUAAAAUUAAAAUAUUAUGGUAAGAUGCGCGUGCGUUUAGUCGAGAUUGGUCCAAUAUUAAAAGUUAAAUUCUAAAUGUUGGUCCUAUACGCGAAUUGUCAAAAAUGGCCGAUUAUUUAUUUAUUGUAUUUUUAUGAUUAUAGGGAUGUCGUAAAAGUCUACUAAGGGAUAGGCUUAUACGCUAUCCCUUAGUCGCUUUUUACGACAUCCAUGUAAACGAGAUGGAGUGGUCCUAUUCUGUUUUUUUUUUUAUUUUUAUUGCUGCCGGGAACCACACGGCGCUAAAAUUUUUUUUUAUAAAACUAAAUUGUAUCAAUAAUUAUAAUGAGUGAUAGAUGCAUAUAAUACUAGUUUUUAUUCUGUUCGGUCAGCUGGUUGACUGGUAGAGAAUGCCAAAUGGCAUUAAGUCCGCCUUGUGUACAUUUUUGUUUUGUGCAAUAAAGUUUUAAAUAAAUAUGAGAAUUGGACCAAUCGCGUCUCAAACAUUGCGUAGGUAUUCAAAACGUAUAGACUUUUGAUAUUAAUUUUCCGGCCAUGAUAAUACUCAUAUGAAAAAUAUAUUAUACACAAAACAAAUUAAUUAUCUUAUAUAAUGCGUGCCUUUUUUUUUAUACACGGGUAGAAAAUAUAUUUUGCACUAUAUUUAACGUUAUUAAAAAAAUUCAAUUUUUUUUUUGUGUUGUCCAAUUUUUAUGUUUUAAAUCUUAAAUGUUAUUAUUUUAAGACACAUUAUAAAAAGAGAGAACGUUUUGCUGAAAAAAAUGAUUGGAUUCUCAAAAACAAAUUUUAAUGAAACUGAAAAUAAUCUGUGAAUAAAAUUAUGCGUCUCACCUCACAAUUUAGGUUAGGUUAGAAAAUGUUUAUAAACUUUUUAAGUAUGUAGAGUUUAAAAAAUUCGUCGUAACGCGUUUUCGAUGAACGGUGUUUCGUUAAAAUAUUAUAUGAAUUGAUGUUUCCUUUAUUUUUUUGUUUCGUUUGUGAUUUUAUAUCAAAAUAAGUAGUCGAUUUAAGGAUAUAACAUCGAGUCAUAGCCAAAAAACAUGUGUCAAUUUAAAAAUUGAAACUUUGCUGAGUGAAAUGUUACUGAAGUAAGGCACGUGUAGUUUUUAAUAAAGUGAACAUAAAUUCAGUAUGAUAUUACGAGUGUAAGUAUUACUUAAUGCAAUUUUUUAUAAAUGGUCUAUUCGACACAAAAAUAAUUUUUCAACAAAACAAAUAAACAAACUCUUCAGCUUUAUAAUAUUAGGUAGUAUAGAUAAUUGUUACACUCAAUGCACAAUUGAAAACAUUUAUUUUAUUUACAAAGUAAACACAAUAUUUACACAAAUUUUAUAUUUAUUUAAUUGUGCUUUAUUUUUUGGCAAAACUUAGCGAAUUGUGUACCUACCUCUUAAGUCGUGUAAAUAUGUUGUAAGUCAUGUUGAUCAUGAUUCGUUUAUUCAAACUAAGUACAAAUAUUUUAAUUGAUAUUGUAUCUCAAAUCACGUCUAUCCCUUACGGAGUAGACAGUGCAAAUAGUCUCUAAAAUACUCGAUGAUCACGUUCCGCUGAAAGGCUUGAAGAUGUCUUAAAAAAUAUUUGUACUUAAAUCUUAUUUGCUAAAAAUCUUGUUAGCUCAAAAUAUAAUUGUUAUGUUUUUCUGUAUUUUAAGCUCAGUGUAAUUGUAUGUAUAUUCUAGUCUAGAUAUAGUUAAAAUAUAUUUACGUACAAUUAAAAUGGGUCGAAUAACAAAAAGAUUAUUUUUUUUUUGUAAAAGUAAUUAUUCUAUUUAUAUAUAUUUAUGUACAUCAAGGAAAAUAACAAUAAAAUUUAAGAUAAAGAGAAAUUCAUAUGUUUUAAAAUAUUUAUUUCAAAAUUAAAUAAAAUAUUUUCAAAAUUGAUACAAGGUAUCAAUCGCCAAAUACAAGGUAAAAGUCGCCUUUUACGACAUCCAUGGGAAAGAGAUGGAGUGGUCAUAUUCUGUUUUUGUUAUUGGUGCCGGGAACCACACGGACGCAAGGUAUCUGCUUUGAAUUUACUAAAUUUACGAUUAAAUAUUGUCAAUGUCCUCACCAUAAGGCAUCUCAUUUUAUUUCCUUUAUGUUUUCGACCCCAAUUCUUUGUUUUAUCUAAACUCAUUUUAUAUAUUAUAUAUAUACAUACAUAUGGUCACGUCUAUAUCCCUUGCGGGGUAGACAGAGCCAACAGUCUUGAAAAGACUGAAUGGCCACGUUCAGCUAUUUGGCUUAAUGAUAGAACUGAGAUUCAAAUAGUGACAGGUUGCUAACCUAUCCCUUAGUCGCCUUUUACGACAUCAAUGGGAAAGAGAUGGAGUGGUCCUAUUCUUUUUUGUAAUGGUGCCGGAAACCACACGGCACUAUUAUAUAUAUAUAUAUAUACAUAAUAUAAUAAGAUUUAUAAUUAAGAAUUAUAUAAAUGUGUUCUGUGGUGUGCGACUUGUGGUAAGUGUUUAAUAAUUGUUUUUGUAAAUAGAAAAAAUCGUUUUUAAGGUUAUGUAGGCUUACUUAUAGAAUUAUUUUCCCGCGCAUUUUUCUCGUGAGGAUAUUAUUAUCAUAUCAGUAUAGCAGCCAACCUUAUAAUAACAAAUAUUAAAAAAAAAAACGUACUUUUUUUUAAGAACAGCAAUAUUUCUGAAAGAAUGAUAUGGUCACGUCUAUACUACGGUCACUAAUUUUUUGAUAAUACGUAUUUAGAAAAAGUUUUAAUUUCAAAAUUUAUUGACUAUUAAAUCUCGAGUCUCGAACUUACAUCGAGGCUAACUCGAUCUGUGUAAUUUGUCCCGUAUAUAUUUAUUUCGUUUGCAAAAAAGUAAAUCUGAGUUUUGUAAUCUGUGCAAUUUUGUAAAUAGUAAGAGAGUAAUGUAUUUUUUUUUAGAAUGUUAAUUAGAAUUAUUGUUGUUAAAUAUACUAUCUUAAGCUUGUUCGCACACCGUUCCUGUAAAUUUGCAAAUAUAAUGUGUUGACUGUUUU